UGAGAUAUGUCUACGUCUAUAUCUAUGUCUACUUAAGUAUUUAUUUCAGUUACUAUUUUGCAUUAAAGUCAUGUCUAAAGCGAAUAGGUAAACUAUUAUAUUAUGCGACAAAUUCUCAUACAGUGAAAUAUCAAGAAAAACCUUGUUAGCUUAAUCAAUAUCAGAUUCUCAAGUACAACUAGGUCAAUUACUGUUUCAUGCUAUAAUACUUAUAUAACUAUAAUAUACAUAAUAUACAAAUAUUUGGACAGCUGUUGAAUGUCAUCAAAGAUGAUCAGAUCAAUGAAUGACUCAAUCGUGUUAAUUCAUGCUUUCACAUUAUAGAACUCAAACAGAUAUGCAAAACUCACUUUUACUACCAUUUUCAUUCAUUCAACUUCAUCCAUUGAAAACGGACUAUCCACCGCUGGCCUGUCAUUCCCUUGUUUCAUAAACAAAACCAGAAUAUCUCUAACCUCGCGAUCUAGAAAAACUAAAGGCAUUUAAAUAUCUCAUUACAGUGGUUCAUUAUUAAAGAUUUCUCAGUAAUAGUAGCCCUGGACGGUGUCAUAUUGAUGUCAAAAUGAAACAUGCGCAGUACAAAGCUACACCAAAAAGACUUAUCUUAUUAGGAAUAUUAAAGAACUUAAGCUCUUUUUCUUUUAAGGCAUAUAUCAACGCAUGCGCUUUCUACGCCUACUGUGUAUCUGUUAUGUAGUUUCAUGUACCAAAUAUCUUUCUAGAUUUUUUAAUAAGCUGUUACUAUAUACUAGUUAGUCAUAUCAAUUUAGAUAUCGCGUAGUGUUAAACGAAUUAACAGACAUUUUAAGAGUUACACAUUUAAAGCAAAUAACAUAUCAGUGUUUCUAAGUGUUUUUUUGUAUCUUCAAGGUUUCUAUGAGGGUUUAAGAGCUAAAAGUGAUAGUGCAAGGAUCUACAUCAACAGUCGUCAAUGCGAAGCGGAGCGUUAGCAGCGAUGGAGGCGGAGCCAGACCUCAGCACCUUCGAGAACAAGUCGGGGCUGGCCGAGGACAUGAAGUUCCUCGCGUCCAUGCCCGAGCUCUGUGACGUCACAUUCCUCGUCGGAGAUACCAGAGAGCCGGUGUGCGCUGUGAAGGCUGUGCUUGCUGCAAGGAGCAGAGUAUUCCAAAAAAUGCUAUACCAAGCGCCGAGUCCUCAAAGGAAGAAGGAGCCUGCUCCGCGAGAGAACAAGCUGCGAUUAUUCCUGAAGCGGUCUUCAGAACCGCUCCUUAACCUUCAGAAUGCAGCACAGCAGAGAUCCGCUUUCGCGCAGCAAUUGGCUCCAAUUCAAGAGCCAUCCUCGCAGCAGCAUCAGACGCUGAUCAUCGAGGAGUUUGAGCCCGAUGUUUUCCGUCAGCUCAUUGAAUAUAUUCACACUGGAUGUGUUACUCUGCAGCCCAGGACCUUGCUUGGUGUGAUGAAUGCAGCAGACUAUUACGGCUUGGACGAGCUCCGUCGCGCAUGCGCUGGUUUUGUCCAGUGCUGCAUCACCGUGGAUACAGUGUGUGCUUUGCUAGCUUCUGCUGAGCGUUAUAUCCAGUAUAAGUGCACCAAAUCUUUGGUGCAGAAGGUUCUGGAGUUCGUGGACGAGCAUGGAAACGAAGUCCUCAACCUGGGCUCCUUCACGCUCCUGCCCCAACAUGUUGUGAGGCUGAUCCUCGCCAGGGACGAGCUUAGAGCCGACGAGUUUACAAAAUUUCAGGCGGCCCUCAUGUGGAGCAAGAAAUACUGCGACACCAACCCCAAUAUCAACUUGAAGGAAGUAAUCGGGAACUUCCUCGAAUACAUCCAGUUCCACAAGAUCCCGGCCAACGUGCUGAUGCGUGAGGUGCACCCGUUGGGGCUGGUGCCGUACUCUAUCAUCAUGAAUGCGCUCGCUUAUCAGGCAGACCCGGCCAGCAUAGACCCAGGCAAGCUGUCCCCGGCGCGGGUCCGGCGCGCGGGACGCUCCAUGUCCGUGCAGUCCUCGCUCGACCCCUACGGGUCCAACACCACCCUGUCCUCCACCGGCUCGAGCGACGUCCCGUCGUCCGACUCUCGGCACAACUAACGCGAGG